UCAGAUCAUCAGAUGUGUUGUUUCGUAUGUUUCGAAAUUCGUCUGACAUGAAUAUGUUGAAGCCAUCCCUAAUUGUUUUCGAUUUGGACUUAACCUUGUGGCCAUUUAGAGUCGAUAAAAAUGUUCGGAGCCCAUUCCGACAGACGAAUAGAAAGAUUGUUGACGCGUCGGGUGUUGUAGUUGAUGUUUUUCCUGGUGUUAAAGAAAUUUUAGAAAAACUUUUCGAGAGAAAUAUUACGCUAGCGGUUGCAUCCAGAAUAGAGGAUGUUGCGGGCGCGUAUCAGCUUAUUCAUCUGUUUGACAUUGCAAAGUAUUUUACUUACACAGAAAUUUACCCCACCUCAAAAUCGAAACAUUUUAAGCAGCUACGAUUGAAGACCAACACUGAGUUUAACAAAAUGCUCUUUCUGGACGACGAUAUAAGAAACAUAAAAGCGGUGUCAAGAUUAGGUGUUGUUUGUUUUCAGAUACCUGAGUCGGGGUUUUGUGCCGACGUUAUGCAGCAAGCGUUACAGCAUUACUCAGAAACAUCAGCUGAGAGUGAAGAACAGUGAUUGUUGCAUCUAUUUUUAACCAUUUUAUGUAAAUUGGGCCCGUUAUGUUACAGUAUUUUUAGAGGUCAAGAAACACAUUUCAUCUUGAUAUAUCUUUGUGUAAAUCAGGUUAUUUUGUUGCACUGAAAAAAGAUGUCGUUACAGUGUUACAAAAAUAUUCUUUUUUUUGGAAUUAUGUUUCUGUCUUCUGUUCUGUGGAUUGUGUGUUACACCUUUUACAAAAGUGUGACCCCAAAGAGCUUAUUGUUGAGAAGUUAGGAAACGUUACUUAGAACUAAAUAAUUUGGAAUUAAUGUUUUUCUCGCCCUUCACAAAAAAAACCAUUGUAGGGUUAUUGGAGACAUUCUUGGCGUAGCAAUUGACAAUCUGUUGGCAAUCAUUCGAGUGACUUGCGAGUUCCGUUUGUGUUCUUGAGUGCUGUAUAUUCGUUCACCUAGAAGAUUUCUGUAGUGCAUUCUCUCACUGAGUAAAUUUUUAUCUUUAUUUACUGUCAUGCCAUUGUUAGUUUGUGCAACUGGGUGCCAUCACCAUUUUAAGUGUUAGUGUGUGCUGUAAUAGUAUUCAUGCAACAGAUACUAGUUAUUUAUGUGUAUAUCCGGUAGUGUGGAGCAGUUUUAAGUAAGUACACUGUACCUUAGGGAUGAUGGUAAGAGAUCUACAACUGGAAAAAUUAAAAAUUGUUAGUUGAAUGCGGGUAAAAGUGCAAAAAUAAUGGUGCCAUAGGGGGGGGGGGGGGUUGGAGAUUAAUUGGUGAAUGGACUAUGGUGGAAUCUUCUGAAAAUCUUUAGAAAUAAAUGGGAUUCUGUGCAAAUUUCUAGGGGGUACUAAACAUACAAAAUAUCAUCUUUACAUACCAUUAUAUCAUAAAAUUAUUCUCAUAUACAUUCAUGCAUGAAACUAGACUUAUAACGUGUGAUUGGAGGCUUUAGGAAGAAGGUACCUCAGCUAUAUUGUAUUUGUAUACUUAUUACUGCAAGUUUACCUGUGUCCUGUAACCCAGUUCUGUUAGAGAAAAUUUGACCAGGAGGUAGGGUCGUAGAUACUAGAAUUUAAAUGAAGCAGAUUUGGCAAAUGUGCAGUGUAUCAUCUUUUAAUGAAUGUAACAGAUUAAUUUUGUUCUUUCAGUUAACUAUUUUAUUUUACAGUGAUAAAUUGCAUUUUGGAUUUUGUUUCAUUCAUAAUUGAGGAGGUGAGUGUACAAGUGGCAUUUCACAAGAAUCUAAUGCAAAUGCACAUUUGGAAAGCGAAAGUGUGGAUUCUUCCAGAGUAGAGGAAAUAAAAGUAAUUUCCCACAUAGUACCAUUCUCCGUGACAAUAAAGUUUAAGCUCCAAACCAAUACCUGGGCUAUAUUUAGAACACAGCACAUAAGUGAAAUGACAGAAGGAGAAUUGCUGCGAUGUUUAAUGAAGGUUCAGUUUUUUUGUGACAGCAGAGCUGAAUGUGUACAGAGAAAAAUGUAGAUACUCUUUGAUAGUUAAUAUUAAUGGAACAGAAUGAGAUACUCUUCUUGCAAGGGGGGGGGGGGGGGUUAUUGAGGUGGUUAUUUUGUGUGUUCAGAGUGACCCCUAUUAAAAGCCAGACAGUGUUGAUGCCGCUGAACUGUUUUCCGAAUUACAGCUGUCAGUGUUGCUGGUGUGAUAGCUGCACCAGACACCUUGAUGGUUUCUCGUAGUUCUUUCAUUGUAGUUGUCUUCUGUUGAUAAACUUCAUUUUUCAGGAUCACACAUAGGUAGAAGUCAAGAGGUGUAAGGUCUGGAGACCGUGAUACCGUGAUGGUAUUCUAUAGCUCCAACGUAUCCAUCAUCCAGGUAAAGUUUCAUCCAAGUAGGGUCAGAUGUCUCUGUAGAAGUUAGGCAGAAUGACAUCUUGUUGUUGGUAAAAUGUUUUGUCUCCAAACACUGCUUGGAUGGCAGGUAAAAUCGAUAUUUGCAGCGAUUGAAAGUACACCCUACCAGUUACAGUACCUUCAAAGAAGAAUUGACCAAUCAAACUGCACAAUGACAGAUCACAUCUUAACACCGGUUAGAUUAACAUUUUUGUCCACAUGAACGUGAGGCUUUUCAGGAGCCCAUUCACACACAGUUUGGUGGUUUACAGUACCAUUCAAUUUGAAUUGCAUCUUGUGAGAGAAGGCAACCAUGCCCGUAAACUGUUCAUCCUCUUGAAGCAUGCCUUCAAACCACUCGCCAUACUCCUUCCUUUGAUCUGGGUUGUCCUCAUCCAUAAUGUGUAGUGAUAGUGGAAUGUACACUUCCCUCUUUGCAUCCUUCAGAAUUCAUUGCGCACUUGAUGGGCUUGCCCCGCUUUCACAUGCACCCUGUUUCACAGAUUUUUGAGGUGACCCAGUAAAAUAUUGUAACACAGCAACACCGGAAGCUAGAUUUGUUGAUGUUUUUGGUCAACCAGACUUUUCCUUAUGAACAUCCUGAACAGUAUCGUCAGCUUCAUAUUAAUCCCAAAUACGAUACAUUGUUGUACGUGUUGGUGGCUGAGUUCUGUACACAAUACGCCAUUACCGUUGUACCUCCAUCAUGUUUUCAUACUUCCAGUACCACUUCAAUGCAGCUUUGCAUUGCUCAAAUGACAGUUGUACUUCAUUCAUUGCUGCAGUGUCAUCUGCUGGAAAAAGGGUGCCAAGAUUUGUUGAGAACACAGUGGACUACACUGCCACACAGAAUUGCAAUGGCAUGUCAUUUUGUUCCGAAGAUGUUAACUAACAAAGAGUAUCUGUAUUUUUCUGGGCCCCUCUGUAUACUUAUAGUAAUAUUUAGUGCAGGUGUAAAUAGGCCAAGUUUUGAAGUUUAACUUGUGCAUCGUGAGACAAAAUCAGCAUAUUGACGAAAUGGAGCCUAGGGUCCUGGAAACUGGCAUACGUAUAUGGAAUGUAUUAAAGAUUUUGGUCUAUGAAAAGGCAAAUAAACACUUUAAACAUGUAUUUGCUCCCCAAGAUAGGAUGGAAGCAGUUUAGCAGAAAGUUCUCCCUUGUGGAAAGGAAAUCAGGAAAGUUCUUUUCAGUUAAAGCCUUAUGGGUGUAAGAAGAGUGAGUGGAGAAAUAAGAGGAUGUGGUCAAAGAAGAGACAAGGAAGACAGAAAAAAUGCAGCACAAUGGUGCAGCAUCAAUAGUCUUGGCCAGGAAGAACAUUCUUCAAGAGACACAACAGAAGGAAAUGAUUAAUUUUGUGCACAUUGACUGUGAGGACUUUGUUAAAAGUGGCUGUGAAUAAUUUCUUGUACAUGUUUUGGUAUUUUAAUUGUAUUUCAUAUGUACCUAUUGUUUUUUGGAUUUUUUUCUGAUUUGUGUGUUGUGGUUAUACCUUUAAAAACGUGUAACAAAAUUAUUUUAUUUUAAGAAUAGAUAAAUUUGAUUCCAUUUUGUUUUGGUACAAGAUUGGGAAGUUAUCACAGUGUUUACUUUCCAAUACACACUCGACUAGGACACAAUAACAACAACAAUUAUGUUUGGUAGAGAUAGACAGGUUUGGAUGCAAAAGCACAUCAAAGGCCAGAGCAUCACUCCCACCAAAGAAGCAGUGUGUAACAAAUGGCAGCAGAUUGAUAUAUUAUAUCCCGACAACUGAUGUACAAUAUUACAACUGUUUGGAAGUAAGUUAGGAAAACAUGAAGGAAUGUAAAAACUUUAUUUUUAAAAUAUGUUGAACAUGACUGCAAAAUGCGUGAAA